UGAUCCACUCUAACCUUAAAAUAACGAUAGUCCAUAAUACCUUUCGAAUUAAUAUAACCGUCGAAUUAAUAUGCUUGUUGCUUACUGAUAGACAUACUACGUGAAAAAGGUAAGACUUAGUAUAUGAUCGCAAUAAAAACAUGAGAAACACUUCUAUUUAAACUGCAGAUUUGCUUUGAUGACACAGUCUAAAAAAGUAAUAAGGUAUAAAAUCUCAUGUAAACAAGAGAGGCUCUUCCAAUAAUGGCAGGAUAUUGGCGCAGCAAUUCAGUUUUUUCAGGGAGAUUGGGCCCAAGACCUGAACCACAAUUUAGAAUGUUGCCUGUUGAAAUGGGACAGCAAAACUUCUACAACAAUAUCCAAAUACAAAGCCCACCUCAAAAUUUAAUGAACAUGGCUAGUAGAAAUUACGGACAACAUUUUUAUAGGCCUCCAGAACCAGUCAAUGUAGGACAUUACCAAAACUACGAUAACAAUUUUCUUAAUAGGUCAAAUCCGUAUCCCACAAGCAUACAAACAACCACAGAACGUCAUUUUCCCGUGCACACUCCAAAUAAUUUUCGUGGGGGUUAUAGAAAUAAUCCAAAGACCACGGUUUCAAGUUAUGCAAACAAAAACAAUGCUAAAAUUAUUAAGUUCACUGAUCAGACUCAUAAAGUUCAUGUUAAAAAGAAUAUUCAAGUUGAACAAGCACAACAAAGAUCUAGUCAUCAAAAUCCACAGAAUUAUGAUUUUGGUAAGACAACAAACUUGACUAGUAGAGGAUCUGGAGGUAAUUUCAUGGGUAUGAGUGAACCAAUCAAUCCACAACAACCUUUAUGCAACAAUCCAUAUGAAUCAGCUCAAGAUAUUUUUUAUAUUCAGACUGUAGAAAAUGUUGUGUACAAACACAAGGAAGAGUGGCCACAUACUACUGUUGCCAGAUUUGCAAAGAGAAACAACAUUGCAAUAGAUUUUGGAUUUGACAAAGUUGACACCCUUUAUUUAUGCACAGUAUUUUUUAAUCAACAAUCAAUUGGACAAGGUACGGGAGCUUUUAAAAAAGAGGCUAAAAGACAUGCGCUAGCAUCAGUGCUUGAAGAGUUGAACAAACAUUUUAACAUUAUUCAAGUUGAUUCGUUACCUUUAAUAGGUUUCAAUUAUUUUGAUUCAACUGAAACAUCAAUGAUGAGAUCAUCAGAAAAAUUUGGUGGUGAUGUGUUUCAAGGUGUCGAACAAGAGAUGGGACGACCUGGAUAUCAAGCCUCGGAAGAUAAUGACAUUUGUGAGAUAAUUGAUUUGGCUAGUUGCGGAUCAGAUGAUGAUAAUUCUCAAGGUGCCACUGGACCAACAGACCUGCAACAACCUUCAGCUAAUAGUCUUGAAGAAGCAGAUGUACACCCAACAAUUAAAGAUAAUUUUUUCAUUCCAACAAUUGAAAAUGUUAUGUACAAGCACCAAAGUGAGCCGCUCAAAUGCACUAUUUCUAGAUUUACCGAGAGAAACAACAUCACUUUAAAUUUUUCGUACGAAAAAGUUGGAUACAACGAAUCGUGCUCUAUAUUUUUUAAUGAACAAUUAAUUGGAAAAGGUAUUGGACAGUAUCGAAAAACUGCUAGAAAGAAGGCUUGUGUAGUAGUGUUUGAAGAGUUAAAAAAGUAUUUUAAUAUCAUCGAAUUCACAAAGGGCUUGCCUCCAAAAAUUUCAAGUAAUUUGGAUUUGAAUGAAAGAUCAACACCCAGUGUUUCAAAUAUUGAAAACAUUGCUUCAAAAAAAAUUGAAUUGAUUGGACCAUCAGAUGAAUUUAGUGGUGGUAAUGUGUUUCAAGGUGUCGAACAAGAGAUGGGACGACCUGGAUAUCAAGCCUCGGAAGAUAAUGACAUUUGUGAGAUAAUUGAUUUGGCUAGUUGCGGAUCAGAUGAUGAUAAUUCUCAAGGUGCCACUGGACCAACAGACCUGCAACAACCUUCAGCUAAUAGUCUUGAAGAAGCAGAUGUACACCCAACAACUAAAGAUAAUUUUUUCAUUCCAACAAUUGAAAAUGUUGUGUACAAGCACCAAAGUGAGCAACUAAAUUGCACUAUUUCUAGAUUUACCGAGAGAAACAACAUCACUUUAAAUUAUUUGUACGAAAGAGUUGGAAACAACGAUUCAUGCUCAGUACUUUUUAAUGGACGAUUAGUUGCAAAAGGUAUGGGAUACCAUCGAAAAAACGCAAGAAGGGAUGCUUGUGCCUUAGUUCUUGAAGAGUUGCAAAAGUUUUUUAAAAUCAUCCAAUUCAAAAAUGACCUGCCUCCAAAAAUUCCAAGUAAUUUAGAUUUCAAUGAAAAAUCAACAUCCAUUGGCACAAAUGUACACAAAGAAGUUCCAGUUGUGGGUGAAGCAAUAGGUUUACACAGUGACCAAUCCAAUGAAACGACUAGAUGUACCAUUAAUCCAGCUGAUGUACAGCAGUCUUCAGUUAAUUGUUUGGAAAAAACAGAUACACAUGCAGCAACUCAAAAUAAGUUUCUCAUCCAAUUUCAAGACUGUGUUGUGUAUAAACAGCUCAGGGAGCAACCACAUACCACUGUUUCUAAAUUUGCAAACCAAAACAAUAUCAAACUAGAGUGUUGGGUUAAAAACGUUGAGCAACUUUAUUUAUGCUCAAUAUUUUUGAAUAAUCAAUUAAUAGGAAAAAGUUUGGAUCGUUUAAAAAAAAAAGCUAAGAAAAAGGCUUAUGCAGCAGCAUUAGAAGAGAUGAAAAAGUAUAUUAAGAUCGUCCAAGUCUACAAAGAUUUCCCUAUUAAUGUAUCCAGUGGUUUGACUUUAAAUGACCAAUCAAAAUCUGUUGAUUCAAGUAGUACAAAAAUUGGCUCACAGAUAAUGGAAUCUACCAGUCAAUCAGGUGAAUUUUUUGAAGAUACCUUUGCUGAAGUUGUUGAAAAGGUAAUAGACAACGUUGGUAAACUGUCGCACUUAGCUGGUGCAUUAGGUGAAAGUUCUCAAGGUGCCACCGAAACAACAGAUGUUCAAUCUUCAGUCAAUAGUUUUACAAAACCUGAUAUUUAUGCAGCAGUUAAAGAUGCUUUCUUUACUAAUUCUAGAAAACUUUUAUGUAAGUUAUCUGUGCCACCACAGAACACUGUUUGCAAAUUUGCCAAAAUCAACAAAAUCCCAUUCAAUUGCGUGGUCGAAAACUUUCAAUCCAAUAUUUCGUGUUCAAUAUUUUUUAAUAAAAAAUGUAUUGCAAAAAGUAUAUCAAGUGAUCGAAUUAGUUCUAAAUAUCAAGCUUAUGCAGCAGCGCUUGAAGGAUUAAGGAGUUAUUUCGGCAGUGUUCAAGCAAACAAUGACUCAUCAUCUUCAUUAAUUCCCACUAACAAUUUGAGUUCAAAUAUGGAUAGACCAGAUAACGAAAUUCUACAAAGUGAAUCAUCUGACAAAGGCAUGUCCCAAAAUAAUGUGGGCUCAAAGAUAAUGAAAUUGAUGGGUUGGUCCGGUGGAGGAUUAGGCAAACAUUCCCAGGGUAUCACCGAACCAAUUAAUGUACAACGUCGAAAGAGGAGGAUAGGACUAGGCCUUGCUGCUGAAGCUAAAAACAUGAAAAAAUUAAAAGUUACAUCAGCGCUUAACGAAAAUCUUACUUCGUCUGUCAAUGUAACUUUAAACCUGGAAAAAAAAAGUUUCAUGCUGCUUGAACAGCCCGAGACGACUAGCUGUGAUAUCGGUCAUUCAAAACCCAUAGAGGUAAUCGAUGUGCUGGACAACGAGUCAUUUGUUAUGGAACCAACCAAAGAGUCUCAUGAGAAUUGA